GUUCAUCGGUCUUGCAAGUGUUUCCGCGACACAUGUGAUAUCACACGCGGAAUUUCUUUGUUGACUUUGGGUCCAUAAACGCCUCACAUCGAAAUUCUCACAAGGACAGUGGUUUUUGAGAGCUUCUUCAAAACGUUGUCACUGACAAAUUUUCGUAUAUUCAGUUUUCACGGGCCUAACUGGUAUCCAGUUCUUCUCGUUGAACGUUUCUAUCCAUUUCUUCCCCAAAACUUUCACGGUAUGGGUGACUGGAAUGGUCGAAAAUUACGAAAUGGCCUUGUAGUUAUAAAAACCCAACUCACAAUGUAAUCUCAUCAAGCCGGAAGUAAGUAUUUACACCGGACGCCAUCUUGCACGUCUGAAACGACAACCUCUUGCCAACAUGACGAGACGCUCGAGCUGAGUAGGUGGCAAAGGUUACCAGUUCACAGAACGUAUAAAUGCGCAGCACUUUGAGGGAAAAAAACAUCCCAUCGACGAUCCCUAUCUUACCUUUGCAUGUCACCGAUCACAACUGCCAUAUUAUAAACAUCGUGUGAAAAGUUCAUCUCUCGGAUUGUAAACAAAGAGGUGAGCAAACUGAAAUUAUCAACAACGUUCCUUGGACUUCAUCUACAAGUAGAACAAUUACCCACGAACAGCGUUCCUUAGACUAUCCACAAAUCAAGGAGAAAAAAACAAAACAAAACGAAAUCCCUACGAAGACUUUCAACAGGCGACAAGGACGUUCGCAGAGUUAUUUAUUUUUUCUUCUAACUUAAAGAGACUCGAAACCUAACUCUUAGUAGAAUGGAAACCGAGAACACUACAGUCGUGAGAACGACGUCCGUGGCACCGGACCCGGUGGAGGGCGGGGACCCAGGGGGCAGCAGUGUGUCCAUCACGUCCACAGAGCUGGCCAUCAUCAUCACCAUGUUGUCCAUCAUGUCUGUGGUGGGCAUCGUGGGGAACGCUCUGGCCAUCUACGUCUUUGCUAGCCUCAAACAGAAGGGUGACCGUGGACGCCGCCUGCAAGAUCUAUCACUUCCUCAUCACGACCACCGUGCCCUUCUCGUGUGUCGUCAUAGUGGCCAUCGCUGUGGACAGGUACAUGUGCAUCUGUCACCCUUUCCACCACUGGAUGAACAUCCAACGGGCUCGCAUCAUCAUCGGCGUCCUUGCUGUCAUCAUCUUCAUCUUCGGCGGCAUUGUGUGCAUGCACUACAGCAUCUACAAGACAGUGUCUCACCACAUCAACGCCACCGUCCCGCCCGACACCACAGGCUUCCCUUACGACAUAGCCAAUAGCACGGCCGCUGGCUUCGUAGUGGGCGGAGUCACACAGGAGGAGGGCGGGGCUUUCACCGCCUACCCUUACGGCCACUCCCCCGGCCCGUCCUACUCGCAGGAGCCUGGAGCUUUCAUGGCGGUGAACGAGACGGUGCUGGACGUGCUUGUGACAGGCGCGGGGGCGGGGCCUGAGAACGCCACCAGUAGCAGCGGACAGUCGGGAGUAGGAGCAGCAGCAGGGGGCGGAGUUAUCGUGAAGGUGGGGGAGAUCAUCGACGCGUGCGACAUCAAUGAAGACGUGAUCGAUGCCAGUUUCUUCAAGGUGUUCCAGAAGCUCUACACGGGCAUUUUCAUGCUGAGCUGCAUCAUUGUCCUCGUACUUUACAGUCUUAUCUACAGGUCUGUGAUCGCUCAGCGCCGUAAGAAGCUGCGCAUCAAGUCUGCGCAGUGCUGUCUGCUGUGGAACGCCACCAGUGUGGAUUCGCCCCACGAGGCGGCGGAAAUGACGCAAGACAUAGAGUUGAGUCACGUGAACGGAGACGAGAGGUUCACCAAGCGGCAUAACUCGAACGCGGCGGAGGAACCCACUGAGUCCCACAACGGGGCCCUCCGGAAGUGCUCGCUCUCCAAGGCCAGGAUAGAGCGCAUGCGCGUGGCCAACAUUAAAACGGCCUUCACUUUGUUCAUCGUGACCUUGGUCUUCAUCUUCGCCUUCUUGCCAGCCUGGCUGAUGGCGUUGUCUGUCCUCCAGAUGAAUGUAGUGGUCUUCUAUAUGUACUUCAUCUACAACGUGGUCAACCCUUUCAUCUACGCUUUCCUCAACCAGAACUUCAAGACAGAGCUGAGUCGGAUCCUGCACUGCGGAAAGCAGUGACUGCCUGCCCCGCCCUCAGAGCUCACCAGCCUGGGGCGGCAGACCAGCAGGGUAGACUCCGCGACAGAUUUCGCGCCGCUGCGCCAGAUGAGCAGACGAGAUUCCUCUCCUUUGUAUCAGAUGGACGAGGAAGAUUCUCCUCAGGGUUUGGUCACAACUCCUCGGGAGUACGGGAGAGAUCCCACUCAAGACCCAGAGGAAGAUCCUGCGCAAGAUUCUGAACCUUUGCUUCAGGCGUGUUGGAGAGAUCCCGAGGUUAUCCUUGAGCAAGAUCCUGUACAAACCCUUGAGCAAGAUCCUGAACAAAUCAUUGGACAAGAUUCCGAGCCACUGCUUCAAGCGUGUGGGAGAGAUCACAAUCAAACCCUGGAGCGAAAUCCCGAACAAAAUCCUGAGCAAGGUUCUGAGCAUUUGCUUCAGUCAAGGGAAAAAGAUCCAACUCCAAAUUUGACGUCACGACAUAAGACUUGUGAGAGAUAUUCCAUGCCAGAUGUAGCCAUACCUGAUCAGGCAUGUGGUAGAGAUCCCGAGCACGAACCUUUGAGAUUAUACCGGUCAAACGAGAGGGGUUCGAUUUCAGAUCAUCUUCCAGUAAAUUGUCAAACGAGCAGGAGUGAUUCUUGUCCAGAUUUUGUGCCCGUUUACAUUUCUGUGGAGCAUGACGGGGAAAAAUGACCGGAGCUUCAUCAGAGCAUAUCGGUCAAACUGUCUUAGAACAUGCUGCAACGUACUUCCAAAUUCUAAAGGAUUCAUUUACAUUUGGUUUCAACUGACAAAGAUCCGUGUACACACCAAGUCUGCUCUUUUUAAUUAUCAUGUCGAUGUUCAAAAAUCGCGGUUGUUCUAUUUAGUCAGUGGAAUGAGACGGUUCUGGCCUUUUCUUCUAUUUAUCAGUGUGAUUCAUGGACUAGCGCACAAAUCAAUAAAGGUUCACUUACCACAGUUCGGGGAGACGCGGACUCACAUGGGCCAUCUGACCUAGAUGUACAAACGUACGACUUUCUUCACACUUCAAAUCUUUUUUAUUAGAGAGGGGCGUACGGAGGUGAAGAGAAAGAUUCAACUGAGUGUGGUACUUCCCGACAGAUCUCUUUCCAGAUUCUGACUGGAAUUAUAAGCAGAUACACUUUUGAGGUGGAUCCUGAGGAGAACGGGGGAAGCAGCUAUGGGCGCAUACUGUCUGCAAUGAUCCUUACCCUGUAGACAAAUAAACAAAUAUCUUUACA